UUCAAACUUCUACAGGUAACACAAAAAUGGUCGCUAGAAUGCUGCGAUUUUUCAUCUUCAUCUUCUAUCUGUUCGACACAGUAUUUGCGUCUUAUGAGAAAAAUAACAACGGAAAAGAUCUGCCAAGAAAGAUCAGAGCAGCCAACAGACCUAUCGCCAUGGAGCAAUUUUCCAUGCCAUCUUAAUUUUAUGACUUGAAUUUCUUCCCGUGCUCAUAGAUAACCACUUGCUUACAACCUGUUAUUACUACAUGGUAUCUACGGUUUCAGUUAUACGUGUAUGCAAUUUGAUAAGCAUUGCCUAAAAUAAACAUUGCCCUGAUAAAUUUGUC